AUGCAUAAUCACUUUUUUAAUUUCUUUAGUAAAAGCUUAAGUUCUUUUAAAAUGUUUGUUGAAAAAAAAGAAAAAUAUAGAUUAUAUAAUUUCCUUAAUAAUAAAAUCAGUACGAAAAUAAUAACAGGGGAUAAGGAGAAAGCAGAAUUAGGAAUACAUAAAAUAAAUAAAUUUGAUAAUAUCUUAAAUAAUUUAAAAAAAGAUAAUCAAAUAAAUCAAAAAACUAUAAAUAUAUGUAAUAUCUUUAAUAAUUAUAUUAAUAUUUCAGAUAUUAAUAUAUAUAAAGAAGGUAAUCUAAAAAAAAUCCUUUAUUUUAAGUGGAAAGCUAGGAAAUCUUAUAAAAAAAGAGUUCUUAAUUUACCUUCUACUAAAUCAAGGAGAAGAUAUGCACAAAAAAAUAGAUAA